AUCUUAAUCUCUCGCCCUCUCUUUCACACCCAUCUUUCUGAUACAACAAUUUAAAUGAAGAACAGCAAUUUUAUUGCAACAAUCAUACAAUUUUUUGUUUGUUUUGACUUUGAAGGUUCAUGGAUAUUAAAGAGAACUCAGGAAAACUUGACUUCAACUUGCUUUCACCAUCGAAGAAAGAUUAUUGGGCUAUGUUGGCCUACAACAGAUCUAAGCUUUGCAAUAUUCUUCUGUCAAAUGAACUGAAUCGGCGGCUUUCCACCCAUGGAGUUAUCUCAAACGCAGUGCAUCCUGGAAAUCUGAUCUACUCAUCCCUUCAUCACAACUGGUGGUUUUACACCCUCUUGUUUACACUGGCUCGACCAUUCACCAAGUCACUGCAACAAGGAGCGGCCACCACCGUCUACUGUGCUGUCGCAGCAGAACUGGAAGGUCUGGGAGGCAUGUAUUUCAACAACUGCUGUCGCUGUGUGCCAUCGCAACAGGCGCAGAACGGAAUGGAUGCGGCUGCCUUGUGGGACCUCAGCGAGAAGCUGAUCCAGGAAAGAGUUGGCAGGCAGGGCAAAACAUGCUUGAGUACUGUCACCUGAAGAGAAAUGGUUCCUGUGACUGUCUUAGUUCCUUUUGUUUAUUUUUGUUUAUUUUUUAAGAAAAGAAAACUUGAGGAAAAAUAAAGAAUUCUUCGACGCCAUGAAAAUUCACUUUUUUUCCCUUGUUCUAUUCCAAGUUCAUUUGUCUGUAGGUUUUUAUUUUUUCCCCAUUGUUUUGUGCUUUGUAGCUUUACUCUUCAUGCCAGGAAGUCGUUGUAAGCCAUCUGCAAAACCAGCAUCGUGUUAUCUGCAAUAAAGAAGCAAA